GCUUCUAGUAUUAAAUUGUUUAGACAAUUCGGAUCGUUGACCAACAAUAACCAUUUUAUUUUUUUGGCAUAAACGAAUUUGUUUUGCACACUAUAGAGUUCGGUAAUUGCAAACUGUCUACACUCUACAUUGUCCACGGAUAAUGUUCAACAACUAAAAAUCGUAUCCUUUUAGUUGGUAUUUAUAUUUAUUUCACCAGCUAUAACACAUACGAUAUUUUGUUGUGGUACUUGGUAUGGCAGACCGUGGGUAUUGGAAACUGUCAAACCCAUUCAUAGGUAUAGUCAAUAGGGUAUAUGGUCCCGUUGUGUUCACCUGCUUAUUUGUUUGUAUUGUUCAUAAUUUCUAUGACCUGCAAGAGUGUAUUGUGUAGACAGGUAGUUUUUGGAAAAACUGCCCGAUCUCCACGGAGCUGCAGCCUGCAGAUGACGAAUAGGAUAUGUUGAAAUCAAUAAAAGUAACAAUGCCACAAAAUAGAAAAAUAAUAACAAAACAAUACAUUUUGAUAAGAGUGACACUGAUAAAACAGCCGAAAGCGGAAAGAUGAAGUACUAUAGUAUAGAGUAUAGACUAUAAAUCGUAAUUCAUCGGCCGUGGACUCAACAUUUUAAUGUUAUGUGAAUUAAUUCAAUUAAAUGUACAAAUUAAAACAGUUUAGUUAUUAUGAUUUAUAAUGUUAUUACUAAUGGUAUAAUUUUAUCGAAUUGUCAUUUUAUUACAUUUAAUAACUUGUAGUAUAUAAAUAAUGUUAGUACCCAAACAGUAAUUUAGCUAGACAGAAUGUGUCAACGUUUGUCAAAUUUUUCGAGUGGGAUUUUACAGGUGUAAUUAAAGCCUAAAUUGGCAUACAAAUAAAAAUAUGUUUACGAGAAUACACCAUUUCAAUGCACUAGUCUUAUUAUUAUUUGUACUUUGCUUGCUUUAUAUCUAUCGAUUGCAAAACCAACUUCAACAAAGCUUUGUUAAUCCCAGUUAUUCAGUUAUUACAAAUGAAAUUUCAAAAAGUUCUAACAAAAAUCAACAGAAUAAAUUUGAGGACGAUGUUAUUGUAAUUUACAAUCGAGUACCUAAAACAGGAUCUACUAGUUUUGUCAAUAUAGCUUAUGAUCUCUACAAAAAGAACAACUUUCAUGUACUGCACGUGAAUAUUACAGGGAAUGCUCAUGUUCUUUCAAUUUCUGAACAGUUAAGAUUCAUAAGAAAUACUACUAGGUGGCUCGGAAGAAAACCAGCAUUGUAUCAUGGUCAUUUUGGAUUUAUAGAUUUUCAAAAGUAUGGUGCUACUCUACCGCCUUUCUAUAUUAACAUAAUUCGUAAACCAUUAGACAGGUUGAUAUCAUAUUAUUAUUUCCUGCGCUAUGGUGAUAAUUACAGACCGCAUUUAGUACGAAAAAAACAUGGAGACACAAUGACCUUUGAUGAAUGUGUGGAGCAUAAAGGAUCUGACUGCCAGCCCAAUCUCUUAUGGUUACAAAUCCCAUUUUUGUGUGGACAAUCUGCAAGGAUUCCAGGAAAUGUAUGGGCACUAGAAGAAGCAAAACGAAAUGUCGUGUCAAAGUAUCUACUUGUAGGUGUCACUGAACAUUUGCCAGAUUUUAUUGAAGUUUUGGAAACCGUCUUACCAAAUAUGUUUCGAAACGCUUCUAAUCAUUUCAAAUACAGUGCUAAAUCACAUUUGAGAAAAACUGUAAAAAAAUUCAAGCCAUCUUUUCGCACUGUAAGCAUUUUUAAAAACUCUACAAUUUGGCAAAUGGAAAAUGAAUUGUAUAAAUUUGUAUAUGAACAUUUUCAAUUCAUUAGACAGCAUACACUUCCGGAUCCUUCAAAGGGUUUAUCAAAAUUUAGAUAUGAAAAAAUUUACCCCAAGCCCAACUGACUGUGAUUUAGAAAAUAUGUUUACUUUUCUUCAAAUAAUAUAAAUGAUUAAAACUUUUAAUAUACAAAAAUAAUGUGUUUUUUCGUUUAAGAAUUGUAUAAUAUAAUAUGAGUGUAAUAUUUCACUAUUCGGUACCUGUAAUUUAAUUUUUAAAUAUUAUUUUGUAUUGACAUUUUUUUAAAUAAAUUUAGAUCUGUCGACAGAAAU